CGGCGCUGCGGUGGCUGGCGGCGAAGACCACGCCGGCUCUGGCUGGAGCGGCGGUAGCCGCAGCGGCGGUUCGUCCGAAGGCGCCGCACGCUGCGGGACACACGUGGGCGGCCUGGAGAUGGCGCGCGGCCCGCGACGUGGCGCGCAGAGCCCGGGACGCGGGAUGGAGCGGCGCGAGUGAGCCCGGGCGGCGGCGCCGCGGGGCGAUGGCCGUGCCACCGCUGCUCCGCGGGGCGCUGCUGCUGUGGCAGCUGCUGGCGGCGGGCGGCGAGGCGCUGGAGAUCGGCCGCUUCGAUCCGGAGCGCGGCCGUGGUCCCGCACCGUGCCAAGCGAUGGAGAUCCCCAUGUGCCGGGGCAUCGGCUACAACCUGACCCGCAUGCCCAACCUAUUGGGCCACACGUCGCAGGGCGAGGCGGCCGCGCAGCUGGCCGAGUUCGCGCCUCUCGUGCAGUACGGCUGCCACAGCCACCUGCGCUUCUUCCUCUGCUCGCUCUACGCCCCGAUGUGCACGGACCAGGUCUCCACUCCCAUCCCCGCCUGCCGGCCCAUGUGCGAGCAGGCUCGCCUGCGCUGCGCCCCCAUCAUGGAGCAAUUCAAUUUCGGCUGGCCGGACUCGCUCGACUGCUCCCGGCUCCCCACGCGCAACGACCCGCACGCGCUCUGCAUGGAGGCGCCCGAGAACGCUACUGCGGGCCCCACAGAACCUCACAAGGGCCUGGGCAUGCUGCCGGUGGCCCCUCGGCCCGCGUGGCCGCCUGGAGAUUCGGCCCCAGGUCCCGGCAGCGGUGGCACCUGCGACAACCCGGAGAAGUUCCAGUACGUGGAGAAGAGCCGCUCGUGCGCUCCGCGCUGCGGACCGGGCGUCGAGGUGUUCUGGUCUCGGCGCGACAAGGACUUCGCGCUCGUCUGGAUGGCUGUGUGGUCUGCGUUGUGUUUCUUCUCCACGGCCUUCACCGUGUUUACCUUCCUGCUGGAGCCUCACCGAUUCCAGUACCCCGAGCGCCCCAUAAUCUUCCUUUCCAUGUGCUACAACGUCUACUCCUUGGCCUUCCUGAUCCGAGCGGUGGCAGGUGCGCAGAGUGUGGCCUGCGACCAGGAGGCAGGGGCUCUGUAUGUGAUCCAGGAGGGUCUGGAAAACACAGGCUGCACCCUGGUCUUCCUAUUGCUCUAUUACUUUGGUAUGGCCAGCUCGCUAUGGUGGGUGGUUUUGACUCUCACCUGGUUCCUGGCUGCAGGCAAAAAAUGGGGCCAUGAGGCCAUCGAGGCUCACGGCAGCUACUUUCACAUGGCCGCUUGGGGUCUGCCGGCACUCAAGACCAUCGUGGUCCUGACUCUGCGGAAGGUGGCUGGGGAUGAGCUGACCGGCCUCUGCUAUGUAGCCAGCAUGGACCCGGCAGCCCUCACCGGCUUUGUGCUGGUACCCCUCUCUUGCUACCUGGUACUGGGCACCAGUUUUCUCCUGACCGGUUUUGUGGCUCUCUUCCAUAUCCGCAAAAUCAUGAAGACGGGCGGCACGAACACCGAGAAGUUGGAGAAGCUGAUGGUCAAGAUCGGAGUCUUCUCCAUCCUUUACACAGUGCCGGCCACCUGCGUCAUAGUCUGCUAUGUUUACGAGCGCCUCAACAUGGACUUUUGGCGCCUUCGGGCCACAGAGCAGCCUUGCACGGCUGCCACGGUGCCUGGCGGCCGGAGAGACUGCUCGCUGCCAGGGGGCUCGGUGCCCACUGUGGCUGUGUUCAUGCUCAAAAUCUUCAUGUCCUUGGUGGUGGGCAUCACCAGUGGAGUCUGGGUAUGGAGUUCCAAGACUUUCCAGACUUGGCAGAGCCUGUGCUACCGAAAAAUGGCAGCUGGCCGAGCCCGGGCCAAGGCCUGCCGGGCCACAGGGGGUUAUGGCCGUGGUACCCACUGCCACUACAAGGCCCCCACAGUGGUCCUGCACAUGACUAAGGCAGACCCCUCUCUGGAGAACCCCACACACCUCUAGGACAUAGGCUGGGCUAUGGGCUAUGGCUGCUUCCUCCUUGCCCUCCCCCUUCGGAGACAGCUGACUAACAGCUGCCCAGCUGUCAAGGUCAGACAAGUGAGACACAGGGGGCUGAGGACUAGGGUGGGGACCCAGUAAGGCUCAGGGCCUUGUCUUUCUUCACAGAGGGAGUGGGCCUAGUUGAGUCCCCAGAGAGUCCUAGGAUAAGAAGGGACAGAAGAGGGCAGGGUCCAGUGCGGAGUUUAUUUAAUGAUGUAAUUUAUUGUGGCAUUUCUCUGGAAGCUGUGACUGGAAUAAACCCUCGUGUGGCACUGCUGUGUCCUAUCUGGGCUGGAAAGAGGGAAGACAAGACAGGAGGGAGAGAAACCUCAUAAACAGAGCUGGGGGUGAGAGGUCACGAGGUUCAUCAGCUAACCCGUUUUCUGGCUCCCUGUGGAGAAGGAAGUUUCCCCCAUAGGGCAUCGAUGCACUAUAGAAAUCCUAGACUGUGCUUGAGGUGUGUGUGUGUGUGUGUGUGUGUGAGAGAGAGAGAGAGAGAGAGAGAGAGAGAGAGAGACUAAGACCCAUGCCUCUGAAGUGGAAUAAGGACACCUUCAUGAAUACUCCAGCAAUCCCUGGGUGUGACAUGAUUGCCUCCAGCCCUAGCAAGUGUCAUCUAGCCUGUUUUGGGGAAACAGGUAAGCUUUUCUUUUUCACACUCUGCUUUGGAAAAUAAAGGGGUCAAGGCUGCAAGAUAGCUCAGUGGAUAAAGGGGCUUGCUGCCAAGACUGAGUUCAAUAGCUGGAACACACAUGCUGGGAGAACCAACUUGCAAACUGUUUUUUGACCUCCACAUUUGCAGUGUAGCACAACUCCCUCCCACUACACAAAUAAAUAAAUGUAAUGAGAUGUUUCUUAUAAAGAAAGUGAGGGGGUGGACUGUUUCCAAGCCAUCCCCUCAACUGAGUCUGGAGAACGCCUGUCCGCAUUAUCUGUGAAGACUGCUGGGAGCUGGGAAUGUAGUUCAGUUGACAGUACUUGUCUAGCAUGCAUGAAGCAAUGGGUUCCAUCUCUAGCACGGCUUAAAAGAGGCACGGUGUAGCAUGUUUGUAAUUCAAAUACAUGAGAAGUAGAGGCAGGAAGAUCAAGAAUUCAAGAUCAGAUGUAUACCCUCUACCCUGAUAUAUGAGAUGCUAUUUGGAUGAAAAAUAAAAAUAAAGGGAGAGAGCAGGUCAGAUGGCUCAGUAGGUAAAGCUGCUUGACACAAAGUCUAAUUUGAGUUCAACCCCUUGAACCUACUUGGUAGGAGAACCAACUCCUACAAACCUUUGAUCCCCCACUGAGGUUUUUUUUUUUUGAAAAGAAUUAUUGCUUAGCAAGUUAGAAACCUUGUCUUAAAAAACAAAACAAAACAGCAUUAACAUCAAUAAAACCGUUCACUAACAACAAAACAAAACAAUCUUUGGUAGCUGGAGCCUCAAGUUACCUCUUCCUAUUUUGGAUGGAGGGGAAGAUGGGGCUGCAUCCAUCUUGGUAGCACAGCCAUGGAGCUAUUGAGUCAGGGGGAAUUGGGUCCCACCUCACCCACUCCAAGCCCCAGAACUCGGGAGACUGACAGCUGUGAGAAUAAGGCAGAUCUACAGGGAUAUGAACAGCUGUACUGGGCCAGCAGGCACACGUGUAUGGAAGGUUGGGAAAGCACCAUGUAAACCUGUGUCCUCGGGAGGCUUAGGCUACUGGGGCCUGCCCCAUCCCUGUCUCCUGAGUUACAUGUAGUCAUCCUGAAAGUCCUGAAAAUUCUGUGUGUGCGUGCGUACAUGGGCCAGGAAAGAAUGUCAGGUGUCUUUAUCAGCUCACUGACCCACACCCAGCUUUUCUGUGGGUGCUGGGCAUUUCAUCUCAGGUCCUUACCUUUGCAAAGCACAUGCCGUUGGCCACUGUGCCGUCGUCCCAGACCCACAACCAUGAUCACUGUGCCUGGAUGUAUUCUACACGUAGCCAGCCUUGUUGAGUACAGCCCCUUAAAACGAUUUUUUUUUCUUGGUUUUUCGAGACAGGGUCUCUCUAUGUAGCCCUGGCUGUCCUGGAAUUCACUAUGUAGACCAGGCUUGCCUCAAACUCAGAGAUCUGCCUGCUUCUCCCUCCUGAGUGCUGAGAUUAAAGGCGCUCUUCACAAUUGGCUGUCUAAAGUUUUAGAAGCUGUUUCUUUAAACCUCAGCUCCAACUUCACGUUUUAUCUUGUUGAAAUCAAAAACCUCUAUUGCAUGCAGUUAUCUCUGAGAAUAAUGUAUGUGUGCAACCCAAACAUGAUAUGAACUGGAUACUUGUUGCACAGAACACUUUUGCUUGGCUGGGUAUGGAAUCCAGGGCCCGAAGCAGGAUAGGCAGGUGGUCUGCAACCAAGCCACACCCUCAGGCUGUCCUAGCAAAUUAUUUUUAGAUUUAUUAUUUUAUACUAUAUUCUGUCUGCAUAUGUACCUACAUAUCAGAAGAGGGCACCAGAUCUUAUUAUACAUGGUUGUGAACCACCAUAUGGUUGCUGGGGAUUGAACUCUGGACCUUUGGAAGAACAGCCAGUGCUCUUAACCUCUGAGCCAUGUCUCCAGCUUCCUAGGAAAUUCUUUAUAUAGAGAAUACCUUCGUUUUCUUCUUUGUAAGGACAUUCAUUCAUCUCUCAGUGUGCACGUAUGCUCCAGGCAGAUGCUGUGCCAUUGUCAUUUUCUGAAAAGGUCUAAAUUUCCCAGUCCAGCCUUGAACUUCUGAUCCUGUUCCCUUGCCCUCUCUACAGGCAUGGCUGCCAGUAGCUACUCUAACACUCAGUUGCCAUCUGGGUGCCACUAGGCAUAUCCUGUGGCAAGAAAGGACUUUUGGGUGAGUGAGGUAUCCCAGAAGCAGAAAGACACACACGGUAUAUACUCACUUAUAAGUGGAUAUUAGCCAUAUAAUAUAGAAUAAACAUACUAAAAUCUGUAUACCUAAAGAAGCUAAGCAAGGAGGAGGACCCUGGGUAAGAUGCUCAAUCCUCACACAGAAAGGCAAAGGGGAUAGCCAUCGGAAGAGGGAGAAAACAGAGGACAGGAGCCCACCACAGAGGGCCAUUGAAAGACUACUCAGCAAGGUAUCAUAGGAGAUGCUGAGACUCAGCCAGACUUUGGGCAGAGCGCAGGGAAUCUUCUGAAAGAAUGGGGGAUAGGAAGACCUGGAGGGGACAGGACCUCCACAAGGAGAGCAACAGAUCAAAAAAUUCCAGGCCCAGCAGUCUUUUCUGAGACUGAUACUCAACCACGCAUGGAGAUAACCUAGAACCCCUGGCACAGAUGUAGCCCAUGGCAGCUCAGUCUCCAAGUGGGUUCCCUCGUAAGGGGAACAGGGCCUGUUUCUGACAUGAACUCAUGGGUUGGCUCUUUGAUCACCUUCCCCUGAGGGGGUGGAAGCUUUACCAGGCCCCACCACAGAAGACUUUGCACAGUCCUGAUGAGACCUGAUAGGCAUCAGAUGGAAGGGGAGGAGGACCUCUCCUAUCAGUGGACUGGGGGAGGGGCAUAGGAGGAAAUGAGGGCCGGGUUGGGAGGGAACAAGGUAGGGGGCUACAGCAGGGAUACCAGGCGAAUAAACUGUAAUUUAUAAAAAUAUAAAUUUUUAAAGUGAGGGAUAAAAAGAACUUUGGGGGAAAGGGUGGAGGCUGGUCACUGGAGGACGGCUCCACUUAGAUGUGUCUGGGAUAUUCACCUGGAACAAGAGUGUGCAGAUGUGGGCUGAGUGGCACUCAAGUGAGGAUACGGAGCAGGAGUGCAGCUCCCCCAGAGUGGGUAAGCUGACGAUGGCGUCUGAGAGGGCUGUUUUCUCCCUUGUGCUCAGUGCCAGCCAGGUUGAUGGAAGUCAGCAGCAGAACCUGCAAGCAGGCCUGUGUCUGAUUCUGUUCCGGACUGCUUCUGUAGUGUGAGGACCUGGCAAAACCUUUCAAUUUCAUAGGCAAACUGAUGUUCAGCAAUGAACUACUCAAACCCACUAACUUAAAUUUAAAAAGAAAAGAAAAAGAAAAAGAAAAAG